AUGGGAACCUUAGAAAUGGAGGAGAUGAUUAACAAAUUCAAUGUUCUCACCGACAAGCCUGUCAAGUAUUUAACAGUGCAGGAUGAUAUUAAAGAAGAAAAAGAGGACGAAUCUAUGGAUGGUGAAAAUCACUCACAGUCGGAUGAUGAGAAAUCUAGAAAAGAUCAGUCAACUUCAGAUGAUGAUGUGCAUCCCAAAAAACAUAUAGAUGUUACAAAGAAACAAAAGAAAAAUACAAAAAAAACAAAGGAGGAAAAGAGUGAUAUUAAGAAAAAGGAAGACAGUGAUGAAGAAUCUAUAGACAUGUUUGAGGAUAUUGAUGAUGUGGUAUCAGCUGAUGAGGAAAGUAAUGAAAAGGACAUGAUGUACUCAGACUUUUUCAAUGGUGAUGCUGAUGAUGAUAACGAAGAAACAGAUGAAAAUAGUUCGGAAAAAGAGACAGUAGAGAAACCUAACAAAAGUGAUAAAAAAGUCAGGUUUGCGGCACAAGAUGAACUGGAAAGUGAUUCUGGGGAUGAUGCUGUUAGUGAAGAAGUUGAUGAAUUAAAAAAUAAAUUCAAUGAUGAAGAGAAAAAAUCCGAAUUUGAAAAAAGGCAGGAGCGAUUGAAGCAACAAAUAUCUAAACUAGAAGAAAAAACUUUAAAGGAAGCACCAUGGCAAUUGAAAGGGGAAGUAGAUGCAUCCACCAGACCGCAAAACUCAUUGCUACAAGAAGUUGUUGACUUUGAUUUGACCACUCGGCCACCGCCAAUCAUAACAGAGCAGACAACAUACACAUUAGAAGAUAUAAUUAUGCGUAGAGUCAAGGACAAAGCAUGGGAUGAUGUUGUGAAAAAAGAAAAACCAGUGGAUGAUCAACUUGCUUUCCGUAAACCAGAAGUGUUAGAUCAUUCAAAGAGUAAAUUAAGUUUGGCCCAAGUUUAUGAAGCCGAGUAUUUGAAACAGAAGCAAGCAUUAACUGGUGACAAUGAAGAUGAGAAAGAACCAGAGGCUCAUACAGAAUUAAGAAAUGCUAUGAGUCAACUUUUCUCAAAGCUUGAUGCCCUAUGUCAUUAUCAUUACACUCCUAAACCUCCGCAAGCAGAAGUUAAAAUUGUCAGCAAUACUCCUGCCAUUUCUAUGGAAGAAGUUGCUCCUGUUGCCACUAGUGAUGCUGCUUUGCUGGCACCAGAGGAGGUUAAGAAGAAACGCAGAGGAGAGUUGUUAAGCAAGGAAGAGAGAACACAAACAGAUAAAAAACGCGAAAGGAGAAAGAAAAAGAAGCUGCAAAGGCUUAAGGGUAAUAUGACAAAGGUUACAGAACAGAGGAAUACAAAGAAAGCCACUGAGGCCACUGACAAGUCGCUAAAGACAUCUAAGGCAUUCUUCCAACAACUCAAUGAUAAUUCAACUAGCAUUAUAAAAUUAAAGCGUAAGAAUAAGGGUCAA